AUGCCCCUCUUUAAAUCCGCCUCGCCGCAGGCGUCGGAUCCGUCGCUUGAAGCACAGCGCGCGCAGCUGGAGCGGGUGCUCGCGGCGACCACCAUCGUGGUCUUCGUCGCCAGCGUGUCGUACGUCGCGCUCAGCGCCAUCUUCUGCCUCUGCACCAGCGCGUCCCGGCAGCAGCAACCCGGCGGCGGCGAGACGGGGCCGCAGGCGCAGCGGCCGGCGGCUGCUACCGCGGAGACCAAGCGCGCGCUCGAGGAGAUCCCCGUGGUGAUGGUGCAGGUGACGCCGGACCCUGCAGGCAGCGAUGAGCCAGGGGAAUGCGCGGUGUGCCUGGCAGAGUACGCGGGCGGGGAGGAGGUGCGAGCGCUGCCCGCGUGCCGCCACGGCUUCCACCGCGAGUGCGUCGACCGGUGGUUGCUCACGCCCCAGGUCUAG